GACAUCUUCAACGUUGUGGACCUCCAAAAUGUGGGGAAGGACACUUUCAUGAAGUUUGAAAAUCUGUCUCUGGACCACAAUGGAAUCUACUAUGCUUGGGUCAUUGGUGCUGACAAGGCCGGAGAGUGCAACGUGACAAGUCACAUGUUCCACGUGGACGUAACACCUCCAGUCAAAGGCAAGAUCAGAACAGGGCCCUAUUAUGACAUGAAACUGAGUUACUCGGCCAACAGGGAGAGUCUUCAGACCUACUGGACAGGCUUCAGUGAUGAGGACUCGGGCAUCCGAUGCUACCACGCAGCCCUGCUGAAGAGAGCCUCCUGUGACGAAGACUCGGAGGAAGAAACUGUCGUAGAAUCCAUAGAGAUUGAUGUCAACUACACGUCCUAUAGAUUCAUGGACAUUAGUAUGCAGGGCAAUGCUCCUUACUUUGUGCGUCUUGUGGUGGAGAACUUUGCUGGACUCAAGUCGACAUUAGACUCUCCACCAGUCGUGUAUGACAACUCCAUUCCGUCCCCGGGCAUCGUCAUCGACGGACACGACUUCACCAACGACAUCAGCUGGAGCGGCUCUGCCACCACCGUUACAGGCACCUUCCUGCACCACCCUGUGCCCGACGUGUCUCCAUGUCCUGUCAGACAAAUCAGAUUUGAUGACUCGGAGUGGAUGUACCUGGAGUCUGACCGUAACCAUGACAGCAACAACCGCAGCUUGACCUUGACCUACAGAUCAGCCAACGUCCACCCGGAGUCUGGCAAAGUGGACAUCAAACUGGCAAGAGAUACCAAGACUGACUCCAUGUAUUCUGGAACCUACUUCAGAGAUGCUGACCUUCUUAAUGGCGGGGAGUAUAAGCUAUUUAUAAGAGCUGCAGCAGGUGAUGGUCAAGCGGUCACCAGUGUCCUGUUCUGGGACGGCCCAGAUGACUACAUCCUGGACUACGACUACACACCAUCACCGGACUGGACCGUGUCUAUCUGUGCCUGUUGCAGGGUGGAACCUGUGAAUGCAUCCUGCACCUGCAACUGUGAAUCCUACCUACAAGCAGAGAGGUACUACAAGAACAUCAGCAAGAGGUCUGUGGAUCAGGAUGAUCCUGGCUACGAGGUGAAGAAGCUGACGGAGGAUGAAAAGAAGAAGCUGCAGGAGACAGGCUCCAUCACCGGCAAGACUGAAAUCGGGAAUCCUAAUCUUCACCCCAGGAAAUCCUGUGGAGUACAGUUAUUUGCAGGUGCAGCACCCAAGUUGGUUUCAUGGUGCAGUUACGGGGAUAACCUCAACGAGCCUGUAGAAGCAGUGAGAGACCUCCUACUAGACCCUUCCAGAGAUUACCAUCAGUACAUGGUCAAGUUCACGACACAGAGGGACGAAGCAAGGGGAUCAGAGGUUACCUGGUGCAUGUCAGUCUUCAUGGACGACGAUCUGAUGACGGAGCAGUGUGGAAUACCACGUCUCUCUCCCAACACCAGACUCUUCCUGGGAGUCUGGAAUCACAAGAACUAUAUUCCUGAAACUGAACGAGAUUCGGAAGGGCAUCUAAAGGUUUGGAGUGCUACGGCUUCAUUCCGUGACCUAGUGAUGCCAGCCGAAAAGGAGAAGCUGUGUCGCUAUGGCAACCCUUUCCAAGGAGGUAACAACGCCAUCGUUCGGUAUGAGGCUGGAAUCGGGUCAGCUUCCGGUGUCUCUGAUGUCGUGCCGUACCAGCAGGUACAUACACCGUGUAUUCCCUGCCUGACUCCCUGUGACAUGUACACUUGUGACGCAUCAUGUGACAGCUCAUCAACAGACCAGGUCAAGAUCACCCUCAACGACCUUAACCUUACACAAACAACAGUUGUGGAGGGAGAAGUAGUUCCGGUAUUGUACUACCUCACAGUGAAAGCUGUCCUCGGGUCUGGAACAGAGGCCGUAUCGUCAUCUGACGGCUUCAACAUCGACACGUCACCACCACUGUUUGACACCGACGUCAUGCUGUACAUCGACGUCACUCAGGGCAACUUCACCCCUGUGACGUACCAGGGAUCCAACGACACUAUUAAGGCAAUAUGGAAGUGCAACGACAACGAGAGCGAAAUUGUGAACUACGAGUGGGCGAUAGGCACAGCGCCAGGGGGAGAGGAGUUGCAGACAUUUGUAUCCACUAGUGAGUAUCCUGGAUCUGUGAACUCCGGACUUGGAGGCCUCCUGGAGCACAACAAGACGUACUACGUGACCGUCAGAUGUACCAACGGGGGUGGGCUGGUCACAACAUACGCUGAUCCCAGAGGUGUGACCGUUCUGCUUGAGCCUCCCAUUGUCGAUGACGUCAACACGACCAUAGUGGGUGCUGAAUCUCUUGGAGAUACAGUGGUGCCGCCAAACUCCAUGAAAACAACAGACAAAAACACCGUGGGCGCUACGUGGACGGUCUCUGAAGAUGAAAGUAUCAGGCGAUAUGAUUUCUGUGUUGGGAGUUCCGAGACCAGCAUCAGUGACAUCUUCCCCUGCACCUGGGUCGGCUACAACACGUCUGGGACGGUUACAGUAGAAGAUGGAUACCUCAAACUAAACGGCCACAACAUCUACAUGCUGAGUCAGUACAAGCCCGACUACAACGCCUCCGUCCACGGUACCACAGACAGGUCAGCUUUCACGAUGGCUCCAGGCACAGAGAUGUUCAUCUUCAUGAGGAUGUGUAAUGAGGCUCAACUGUGCACCACCAAGUUGCUGGGCUCUACCAUAGUGGAGACAGACAAGUCCACGAUGGCGACGUCGUCAAAUGGUUCUGCCGUUACUGUAGGUGUUGGUGGUGGUGCCAGAAGAAAAAGGGAUCUUUCAGGCGUAACUGUAUCAACACCAGAUGGACUACAGCCCGGCCAGAGCAUUGUGGUCACUCAGCUCACAAAGCUGGAUCUAGAGACGGAAUACAAGUCUGACGCCUCGGUGGAGUUCGUCCCAUACAUCACUGACCCAUCUACGUCAACCACAGAAGAUGCCUUCACGGACAGAAUCCUCAGAAAGAGGCUCAACUACCAGGAAACCGACCUCUCGUUCUCUCUGACCAGCAUUGGUAAUCUUCCCAUGCCAAGACCGGUGAAAGUGACCUUCACCUAUGAUCCCACGGUGACCAAUACAACGUUGAUGCUGCUUCACUGGAACACUGAUGCCAGACAGUGGCAACAGAGCAACAAGACCUGUCAACAUGAAACAGACACGGAGGUCAGAGACCCGGCGACCUCUCAGGUCACGGUCAAGGUGUGUAACACAAGGUCAACACAAGGCAGCAGUUCCAGACGUCGGCGUUCUGUGUCAGACACGUACUUCAGACACCCAACCCAGUUCCUGCUGACUUCAGCUCUGACACAGAUACCUAACUCACCCCCUCAGCUCACCAGCAGGACGUCUCUUGUCAUGCAGGAAGACCAAGGUACUAUGAUAUACCAGAUGACAUCCACAGACGCUAAUGGAGACGUGGUCAAGUACAAGAUGCGUGACGACUUCGUUGUGGGUGAUCUGGAACUGACUCUAUCAGAGGAUGGAUUAAUGACUUACACUCCAGCUUCCAACUACCAUGGAACAAUUGAUGUACCCGUAAUUCUGUAUGAGGUGCCCCAAGCUGAGAUACCACCGGCUGAAACGGCAGUAAACAUCAGCAUCAUCGUCACCCCCGUCAACGACGCCCCCAGCGCCUUCGUCUUCAGUGAUGGCGUCAGCUUCCUCCAUGCAGAUCCUGCACAUCCGGUUCAGAUUCUUUUGGAACAGGCACGCGUCAAUGACAGCAGCCCCACGACGUACAUGUGGGAGUUUGGUGCAUACGACGUUGACGUUGACGACAACAUGACCAUCUAUUACACACUGCCGACUAGCGGGAACCUCGACGUCAGUGACGUGAAGACCAAGGAUCCCUGUUCAUACAACACGAGCGGCAUCCCCUGUGACAAGCUCAACCUCCCCCACCAUUCCGACUCCCUCAACUGGGUCUACAGAACCUUCCAGUACCAACCUGACCCUGGUUACUAUGGUUACGAUGAGGUUCGGGUAUACGCCCAGGACCAGGCAGGGGCAUACUCUGACGUCAUCACGGUCAAACCAACUGUGAUGGAGAGGCCAUGCAAGAAUGGAGGAACAUGCAGAAGCAAAGAUGAAAGCCUGUACAACUGCACCAACUACCGCCGUGCUGAAGGUUUUGACCUUUACUACGAGUGUGCGUGCGCACCUGGCUGGACCGGCAUGCACUGCGAGGAUGACGUCAACGAGUGUGGCAGUUCCCCAUGUUCCUGGCCGUACGUCUGCUACAACGAUGUCAACAGAUACUACUGUGCAUGUGCAAAAGAAAAUCCGAACUGUGAUGGGUGGCAGGCAUGGAUGAUCGUGCUGGUGGUGUUGGCGGUGAUCUUGUUAAGCGUCUUAUCCGUGCUGGCUUGGUAUCUGUGCAUGCUCAAACGAGGACGAUUUCACUGGUCCUUGACAUUAUGUAAGAUCCUGCACAUCCGAACGGAAGGAUCCAGAACACCUUUUGUCAAUGCAGGCUUCAGGGAUGACUUUAGUGAAAAUGGGAAAAGCCAAAAGUCCCGUGAGCAGUCUGGAGCGUCCGGCGUGUUCAUUUCCAGUAGCCGACCAGAUGACCCCACAACCCCGAUGAGGUCUGACCGAUCGCCCCGAUCUGUGCCCGAUCUUCACGAACACCAAGCCGCGAAAAACCUGAACGGUGGUCCACGUUUCGGGGAGGCAAACGUCCGCUUUGACCCCUUUCGACAUCAGUCGACUCGUCCAGGCUUCACCACGGGCCGGCCACUUACACCAGUGGAAGAUUACGAAGAAAGACCAGGCAGUUCAUCUUCGCUUAUCAGGGGCAAAUCACCGGUCAGAAGAAAGUCACGUCGAAUCGCCCCUGGGCCCGAUCGAGAACCAGAGCCAGACUAUGAUCAAUGAAGAACUCUAUAAUUUUUUACUCUGUAGAUACUGUCUCCCUGAACAUGCUCCAAUGAAUUUUGUAACGUACUUCCUUUGUCUAUCAUAAGUGUCGUGCAAAUGGUUGAUUUAAAAUAGAGGUUAAGUAACAAAAUGUUGAUAAAAUCGGUAAAAUUAAAAUUAUAUGAGAUCAAAAAUUCUGAUUUGAAGGGCUUUAAUAGAUGGAAACUGCCGAUAGGAUGUCAUCUAUAAAUGAUAUAUGAAUGUUGGCCGUGUGUUUCCAUUGAUUAAAUCUCACACAUUAAUCUGCUUUUACAAAAAUGUUCGAAUUAGCGUCAAAGUACAAGCACGUGUGGAGCGGAGAAUGGGAACUUGAACAUGGAUUAGUUAAUGUUUAACAUAACUGUACGUUUAGUAAACCUGCUAACACUGUUUCUCAAAAAUAAACGUUCUUCUGCAAAU